UUAAUAAUCACUGGUCAGUUAGAGUUAGAAUUUAUAAUAAUUUAGUGCAAAUACUGGCUUUGACCAGUAUUUGUGGAGUGGUUCAUCGUACACCAGCUGUUCACCAUAUUUAUCUGCUACGAAACUAUCUUCCCGGGAAAUGUAUUCGCAACACUAUAAGCAGCCAUCACAUGGUAUAAAUGCUGUGCGACCACAUUCUCCUCUGAUAAAGUUCCCCAACCGUCUGGGUGUUCCAAGGCCUAACGUUCAGGAAGCGCUGAUGAUGGCUGCCGCUGCACAGUCGAGCGGCACCCACAGUUUACGGCCGCCUGCGGCGCCAAUGGCGGCUCCCCCCAGGCCGCUGAGCACGGCCCCCCCGAGCCGCGUCGCCGGUCCCCCGGACACCGCCGCCUCCGUAGCCAGUCUUCCUCCCCGGUACCGGCGGAAGCCGCUUGCCGCUGAAGAGAUGGACUACAUCCAGCGUGGGGGACCAGAGUGACCGUGCGUGUGGACCAAAUAUUUGCAACGUCCGUGGGAAUCAUUUUCUGUGACUCUGCCGGGUUCUGUUUCUCGUCACUGAACGGUGUGCCUGCCGCAGGCGUCCCCUUGCGAGUUCCUCAGUGUCGUAUCCAGUGAGCACUAUUGUUAAAAUGGGACUGAUAAGAAGUCCACAGCUCAUUAAUCACACAGCGCAAAAUUAGGGUUCGGGCCGUUCCAUCAUCCUGCCGCGCGCACUUCGGACGCCCCGCUGAAUACUGCUGAGAAACAACGGCACUUCUUAAAAUCGGGGGUGGUGGUGGGGGUGGGCUGCAGCUCGUCUUUAAAAAAGGUUAUAGAGCUGCCGUUGUUUUUUGGAUUUCGGGAUUGUAAAGCUGCUUAUGACUUGAUGGCUACAUUUUUUCAUGUUGUAUGAAAAUUGCGUUGUGUCUUGCAGUGUAAGAAAUGUCUUGCAUGAAGCCAUCUAUGCAAGCGCUCUUGUGUUUGCUCAAGCGUACCGUCACAUCUGAGUGAUAAAAGCCAACACCAGGAUCGGUAGGAUGCCACGGCUGAUCAUAUUGAUGGCUAAAUUCUUGUUGGCUGUCAGGAAAUUAAAUGAUGCAAUCAGGACCUAAGAGGAGCUAUGCCCAUAUUUGGAAAGAUCAAAUGAGUGUGUAUUGGAUAUUCUAGAUGUUCAUUAUUAAAAUAUUCCAUGCGUUAAGUUUUUGACAUCUUA